UUGCUGUAUUACAUUGCCAAAACCGGGCUCUGAACGACAGUACCCAGAGAACCUUUCGGCUCAAUGGGUUUAAAAGGUUUUUGUUUGGGAGCACUGCCUUCUAAUGUUUACUUCUUGUCGUGUUCGGCGUGUCUUGCUUGUCGCCCCACAGUCCCAACGCUGACAGACCGAUUCCGGGCGCAGCGGCGUACCUCCUCCAUCUGCAGGCAUACAGCACACAUCACAAAUACAUCUGUUGCAGUCUUAUUGCUUGGGACACGUCGUUCACAGGGGAGCCAAGCGUGAACUGAUUGGUGUUCACACUUCAUGAUGGCGAUGUUCCGCAGCUUCGUGUCGGCUGCACAGCUCAGGCACCAGCAGCAUCAGUCGGGCGAGGCGGCAGCGGCAGCGGCUGCUGCGGUGGUGGCGGCGGCGGCGGCAGGGGGCCCAGGGGACAGUGUGGAGAGCCAGUUCUCCUGCCCCAUCUGCCUCGAGGUGUACCACAAGCCCGUGAGCAUCGCGAGCUGCGCGCACACGUUCUGUGGAGAAUGUCUCCAGCCAUGUCUGCAAGUCAGCUCACCCCUCUGCCCCCUGUGUCGCAUGCCCUUCGACCCCAAGAAGGUGGAGAGGUCAUCCAAUGUGGAAAAGCAGCUGUCUUCCUACAAGGCACCCUGCAGGGGUUGCAGUAAGAAGGUCACACUGAUUAAAAUGAGGUCACACAUUUCGUCCUGCUCCAAGGUUCAUGAGCAAAUGGCCAACUGCCCCAAGUUUGUCCCCAUAGUGCCCACAUCACAGCCCAUCCCAAGCAAUAUCCCCAACCGCUCCACAUUUGUGUGUCCGUACUGUGGGGCCCGGAACCUGGACCAGCAGGAAUUGGUGAAGCACUGUCUAGAGAGUCACCGCAGUGACCCCAACCGUGUGGUAUGUCCAGUGUGUGCUGCUAUGCCUUGGGGUGAUCCCAGCUACAAAAGCUCCAACUUCCUGCAACACCUCCUGCACCGACACAAGUUCUCUUAUGACACAUUUGUGGACUACAGCAUUGAUGAAGAUGCAGCACUACAAGCAGCCCUGGCACUCUCAUUGACGGAAAAUUGAAGGCCCCUCAUCAACCCCUCCUUUAUCCCUAAACCCAACUAAGCCUUGUCUCGGUCUCCACUGCCCACUGACGGCAACCCUACCCAGUCCCCAUAAAUCUAAUUACCACGUAACCAGAUCCCCCCAACCACCCUAGAUGAAAGGCAAACAGGAGUCAGUCACAGUUGUAGAGUUGCAUCAUAACUGAGAUGCAGAAAUGUGUAAAUUGAAAUCCUACAUUUGUACAGAUGUGUCAUGAGAGAGGCUCUACUAUUGAUACAUAGGAUUUCUUUACACCCAAAUGGAAGUGCAAGCAAGAAGACUGAAACCAAACCAGGUCAUCAAUAUGACUUGCAGGUCCCUAGAUCUGUACAGGUCUUGCAUAGCGUUAUCCAUCAUAAACAGUAUUUUCAUUUCCUGCCAUGGGAAGAGGAGAACAAGCAUAGAGUGGGAGAUUACUGGCCUCUGAGGUCACUUCUAUAGACAUCCAUAUUUCCAAAUGAAGUCCUGUUCUAUUGCAAAAACUUGCACUGAUUUUAUUUCCUACACGAAGGGUAAAAAUUAUUUUAUAGUUGACUAACAAAAGGCUAGUAGUUUAUUCUUCAUACCAAUAUUACCUUUUUAUCUUGCUACAGUGGAUAAUUUUUUUGUGUCAGUUAAGAUGUAUAUAAGGUUUAUAUUUUUUUUCAAAAUGUUUCCAUCUCAAAGGGUACAACAUCAAACAAGAAAAUGCACAUCUUAUUAAGAACAUGCUGGCUGUUUUACUGUAUAUGUAGCCAAAGUUCACUCUGAAGUACUGGCUGAUGUGAUGUGCAAUGGUACAGUUUCAACUCUAGAGAGCGCCUUGACCACAUAGUUUAAUGCUGUACAGAUUGAAAAUGCCAAAAGGAGUUUUAGGAUAUGCAGCUCUGUUCUGCAGGUCUAAUAUCCAAGUCUAAUUUAAAUCUUGAAUGAGAUACAAACUCCUUUAUUCUUCUGUAUAUUGUUUUAAAGGUCAAGUGGCUCCACUCCUUGCAGAAGAUAUAAAGCUAUUUUAUAAUGAAUAUUGGAAUGCUCUGCAUGUGUUACACAAAUUGGAGUGUAAUGAAACCUCUGGUUUGUCAAGUAAUAUGUGAACAUCUUUUUAUGUGUUUGCCUGGUAGAGGAUUCUGGGUAGAUACUGUGUGACUAGAACAGCCCCCUUGAGUCUGAUGUGUGCUCUUUCAUUUUCCCAGGGUGAAAAAGCAAGGUUUUAUAAACACAGGAUAGGUCUGCUGUACCUCAGGUACUCUGGAGAGAGUGGACAUAAGCAGGAGUGGUAGUCCAUGUGUCUGACUUCUCUCUAGACAGCUCCCAGGGUUCCUGUCGCUGAAUACCUCGGGCUCCAGAAAGUUCUCCAGGCAGUUCCAUCCAGCCUGAGUUCUUUAAGAAUGACCCCCUACUCAAUGUGCAGCCAUUUCCGCUGUGUCCAACUGUGAAACAGAUGUUAAAAAGGAAAUUGUGGUUCCCAGGGUUACCCACACAGCAAUACUUAAAUAGAAAUGUUUACCAUGGUGUUUUUAAUUAUUUCAUGCAGACCAGUAUAUGGGCACUUACUCAGAGAAGUGUUAUUAGUUACACCUGAUGACAAGUGAACAGUGUUCUUAAAGGUAUCAUUAUUCAAAUAAACUGUGGAGGAAAAACGUGUUUCACUCCAACACAUGCAAAAUUCCGCUAAAACAAAGGCUCUUAACAUUUAUAUACCUAACCUGUAAAAUAUUUGAAAACAUAUUUUCACUAAGUUAUUUAUAGUUUCUGACAUUUAUUAUUUUAGUGUCAUUGCGGUUUUAAUAUUUAAGGUAGAUGGAAUAACAUAUUUUAGGUAACCUCCAGAAAUCCUAUUUUAGCUUUUUUUUCUACACUCAGUACAUUUCUUUGGUCAUUUUCAUUUGCCUAAGCCAGAAUUAGUAUUUUUAGUACAAGAAUGUGCUGUAUUUAACUGCUCAUCUAAAUUUGAGCCCAGGCAGAAACUGCUUUGAAUUAAGUUAUGAAGUUUCCUGCACACAUCUAUGUGCAGGAAAAAUAUUGUUGCAUACAUGCAAUACCAUUACAAAAACUACUGACUUCAUUAAUGGUUUAAGAAUUACUACGAAUGAGAAAAUGACGUGUUAAGACUAAGAAGGGUUGUUUCAUAGACAUCUAGACUGAUCUUCCUGGUUUUCUACUCGCCUUAAGCUUUCACAUUUAGAGUGUGAUGUCUUUUCUGAUGAAAAACCUGAUCUCUGGCUGCUGCCUGUGAUUCUGGGCAGUGACCACCUAAAUCACAUUUGAAUGAUGACCUUGGAUUAUCAUCAUUUUGGGCAGUUUUCAGAAAACUGGUAAUGUGAAGAGAAAGCAUGCUUGUGCUUUGGUUUGUCCCAUGCAAAGGGCUCCUCUGUCAGCCCCACCAUUCACCAAGACCCCCCCAGUGGCAUUUUUCCAGUACCAUUUCCUGUGUGUGACUUUUAAAGAAAACACUGUGCUUAACAGCAAUGCCAAGUUUGAGCAGCAGUGUGCAAGGUGCCCAGGGACUGCCUGCAGAUGGAUAGAGAAACAGGCAGGCCCACACAGUGGCCGACACCAACCUCUGCUACAGCUGCAGCUCAGUAGACAAGAGACUUUCUUACGUGACUUAUGCAUUUUGUUGAAUAGUUGAUUGUAAUAACUAUACAGACUUUUGCUGUUUGACAUUUGAUAAGUUACUUUUAUUCUGUAUUUGUAGCAGUUCCCC